AAAAGAGACCUGAAAUCAAGACAAAUAAAUCAUCGCGAAAAACUUAUAUAAAAACCAAAAAAAAAAAAUUAUCUUUAUAUACAAUAAAUCAAGGAUAUUUAUUUUUUUAAAAUCGUUUUCACAACUAAAAAUUCACCGUGAAAUAAGUAUUUAAGAUUUAAAUAGACAUUUUUGUCAAAAAUGUCAAAUGAAAACUAACCUAAAAUAUAAAUUUUAAUAUUUAAAUUACUAAUAAUAUGCAGUAAAAUAAGUUGAUGUAUGAAGUCACGUUGUGCAAUAUUUUACAAUUUAAUCUGAUGAAAUGGUUGCCUAUUCUGGAAAUGAAAAUAUGAUCCAAACAUCCUCAUUUUUCGCUGAUUACCAUGGCGUUCAACAACUUAGAUAUUGUCCUGAUCAAUACACGGUAGCAGACUGUGAAUAUGAUCGAUUAGAAAACUUUUUUAAAUAUGCGGAUAAUUUCCAAACAGCGCAAGGUUUAAUGUAUUUAAAAUAUUUACAUGAUGUAGUUAAACAGCAAGUAUCGUCAAAAAUACAGGAUGAUAUUCCUUUAGAAAAUAUUAUUAAUGAUAUUUUAAUUGACUUAGUUAAAUAUUACAAAGAAAAUGGGGUUGUUAAUAAGCAAGUGUUUUCAAGAUUACCGCAAAGUCAUAUACAAAAAAUCGAAAAGGCUCUGGAAAACCUGAUUGACAGAUUACCAAAUAACUUUUACACGGCAAAUAACACCAGAAAUUUAGAUACAAACCAAGUCGUAAAUUCUAACCUACAAGAAACAGAUCCAUUAUUUUACAUUCCGUUGAAAGAAGAUUUUCCCGAAAUCGAUAGAUUUUUAGAAAAGCCCCAAAAAGAUAAUUUCUCAUUGUUAUAUAUAAAACCGAAGGAAACUAAUCAACAUGUUGUCAAUGAUAACGGUUAUCCAUUAGAAACUAUGUUCCAAUGUUACGGACAAUCCAUUACGGGUUACGAUUACAGAGAUUUUAAGGGUAUAGUACACACCGAGCUCAAUUCUAAUAAAACCAACGAUGAGGUGAUGGAAUAUUUUUUGGAAACCUUCGGUUAUGAAUCGUUCGAUUUUUUAACCGAAAUUAUUAAACAUCGAUACGAAAAAAUCGAUUAUACUUCUCAAUUAUACGAAGGUGAAAAUACGAGGUGUAAUAAAAAGAAUCCUACUGAAAUGAUAGCAGGUCAAGUUACUGUACAGUCAGAAAAAGAAAGUUUGUUAUCGAAAAAAUUGAGGAAACUUGAAAAAAAGGACAAAACAAAAUUUUCUUCCACAGAAUUGAGACAGACCGAAGUUGAAUAUGACGUGGCAAAAAAUACCCCAAUUUUCAAAAAAUCAUCCCUUCAAAUACUCGAUUCAGAAGAAUACCCCCACAUACACGAUCAAUUAAGAAACCACAUGAUUACAACUAAAUACGAGGGUAUGUCGAUAGCUCAACCAGAUAACGCCAAGAAAAAAAUAACUUCCGAUUACGUGGAAUUCACUAUACCAGGUGGAAAAAAAGGUGACGUCAAAGAUAUGGAACUAGUCGAAAUAUCUUCGUUGGAUUCGAUAGGACAAUUGGUAUUUCGAGAUAUUAAUCAAUUUAAUAGGAUACAAUCCGAAGUAUUUCCGGUAGCUUACCAUUCUAACGAGAAUAUGUUGGUUUGCGCACCUACAGGAGCCGGUAAAACCAAUAUAGCCCUUCUCAGUAUAGUACACCAGGUGAAAUGCCACAUGGAAGGGAGUCUGAUAAGGAAAAACGAUUUUAAGAUCAUCUAUGUUUGUCCGAUGAAAGCUUUGGCCACCGAAAUGGUUGUCAACUUUUCCAAGAAGCUUGCCCCGAUAGGAAUAACAGUGAAAGAAUGUACAGGCGAUAUGCAAUUGAGUAAAAAGGAAAUAGCCGAAACUCAAAUGUUGGUUACAACCCCAGAAAAAUGGGAUGUGAUAACUAGAAAAGGAGCGGUCGAUACUGAAGUAGUCGGUUUGGUGAAACUCCUUAUAAUCGAUGAAGUUCAUUUGUUGAACGGUAGCAGGGGACCCGUAAUAGAAGCUCUAGUGGCGAGGACGUUGAGACAAGUGGUCAGUAGUCAGAGUAUGAUUAGAAUCGUAGCGUUAUCGGCGACGUUGCCGGGUUAUAUGGACGUGGCUAAUUUCCUGAAAGUUAAUCCCCGUUCGGGGCUUUUCUUCUUCGAUAACCGUUUCCGUUCCGUACCGUUAACCACUUCAUUUAUCGGUUGCAAGAAGAAGAACAAUAACGAAAAUGAGGUUAUGGAUAUGGUUUGUUACGAAAAGGUGGUUAGUUUCGUCAGAGAAGGACAUCAGGCGAUGGUAUUUGUAACAUCUAGAAACGCCACAGCGUCAGUAGCUAGAAAAUUAAUAGAAUUAGCGCAAGAAAAAAAUACAUUGUCGUUAUUCGAACCGGAAAAAAAUGUAAGGGGUCUAAGAAACGCUUACAAAAGUGGAGAUUUGGCGUAUCUGAUACCUCAGGGCUUCGGAAUCCACCACGCAGGUAUGGUUCGAUCUGAUCGGUUAGAGGUGGAAAGGUUAUUUCGAGAUGGGUUUUUAAAAGUUAUCAUUUGUACUACAACAUUAGCUUGGGGUGUUAAUUUACCGGCGCAUGCGGUUAUUAUAAGGGGAACUCUUCAUUACGACGCCACUAAAUCGACUUUCGUCGACAUGGAUAUGUUGGAUGUACAACAGAUAUUCGGUAGAGCUGGUAGACCCCAAUACGACACAUCCGGUCAUGGUAUAAUCAUCACCUCCAUGACCAACAUGUCCAAAUACAUGGGGCUAAUGUUAUCCCAGGUUCCUAUCGAGAGUCAGUUUCUAAACUGCGUUCCGGAUAAUUUGAAUGCCGAGAUUGUCUUGGGGACGGUAUCGAAUAUAAAGGAAGCCAUGGAAUGGUUGGCGAAUACUUUUUUGUUUGUACGAAUAAAAAAAAAUCCCCUGGUUUACGGUCUAACCUAUAACGAGAUUUGGGAUGUUAAACAUUUCAAUUUAUUCCUGCAAGGACAAUUGGACGCGGCCGCUAAUAUUCUAGAAAAAUCUCAAUUGAUUCGUUUCGACAAGACUUUGGGCGAACUGCGACCGACCAAUUUCGGUAGGAUCGCCAGUUUUUAUUAUAUUUCUUAUAGAACUAUGGAAAUGUUUUACGAAAAAUUCGAUAGGCAUAUAUCGGAAUCGGCCCUAUUGCAACUAAUCAGCGAAGCGUCGGAAUUCGCGCAAAUUCAAGUUAGGUUAGACGAGAUUCACGAAUUGGAUAGAUUGCGUGAAUAUAAUAUGUACGAUAUUAAUUUGGACUUUUCCUCGUAUGUUGAUAAAGUAAUUAUUUUGAUACAGGCGAAUAUAAGUAGGGCACCGAUUAGGGUUUCGUCUUUGGUAUCGGAUACACAAUUUAUUAUGCAGACCGUAACCAGAUUGGCUAGGGCCUUAUUCGAAAUAGCGAAAGACAAAGAUUACGCUUUACAAGUUAGCAAUACUUUGCAACUCGCCCAAAUGUUGGAACUGCAAAUUUGGGACGAUCUACAUCCCUUGAUGCAAUUCAAAGAAUUGGCGCCUCAUCUGAAUUCGCAACGCGCAAGGGACUGUCUCAAUAUGCCCUUUUGGGAACUCUGUCAUAUGUCCGAAAGGGAAUUGGAGGCGUUGUUUCGUAAUAAAUACCUAGCUAACAAAGUGAAACAUUGUUGCCAGGUUUUUCCACAGGUGGAGGUUGAUUUUAUCGUCAAACCCAUAACAGAAGGUGUCAUAAGGGUUAAGCUCCUCAUAACACCUAAGUUCAAAUGGGACAACGGCAUCCAUGGUACCGUCCAACAUUAUUACGCUUGGGUAGAAGACCCACAAAACGACAGCAUUUACCACAUGGAAUCCUUCAUAGUGACCAAAAGGAUGUGUACAAACGAGGAGGUUAUCGAACUGGUUUUGACCGUUCCUUUAUUGAAACCCCUUUCGUUGGAAUAUUUCAUCAGGGUUGUCAACAGUCAGUUUUUACAUUCUGAAUCGAUUCAGACGAUUGUAUCGGAAGAUUUGAAACUUUUCACUUCGGAAUCCUUUCAAACUAAAAUUUUGGACGUGCAGCCUCUUCCGAAAACUGUUUUGAAAAAUAAAUCCUACGAAGAUUUGUAUCCGUUCACACAUUUUAACGCUGUACAAAGUCAAGUGUUCCAUUCUUGUUAUUAUACUAACAGUCCGAUCAUAUUGGGGGCUCCUACGGGUUCAGGGAAAACCAUUGUCGCCGAAAUGUGCAUUUUGAGGUUAUUUCAAAAUGAACCUCAAUUGAAGGUGGUUUAUAUAGCGCCUCUAAAAGCUCUAGUUAGAGAAAGAGUAGUCGAUUGGUCGACGAAAUUUUCGAAAAUAAACAAAAAAGUUAUAGAAGUUACCGGCGAUAUUACGCCUCGAUCGGAAUUUAUAAGAUCGGCGAACAUAAUAAUAACUACGCCGGAAAAAUGGGACGCCAUGAGUAGAAACUGGACGGAAAAGGAUUUUGUUAAAGACGUAGGGCUUAUGGUGAUAGACGAAAUACAUUUGUUGGGCGAAGAUAGAGGUCCAGUAUUGGAGGUUAUAGUUUCCAGAAUGAAUUAUAUCAAUAUGAAAACGAAGAAGUCGAUCAGGAUUGUUGGAUUGUCGACGGCCAUGGCGAAUCCUGGAGAUUUGGCGUAUUGGUUAAAUGCGGAUAAGAGAGGAAUUUUCAACUUCAGUUCGGCAGUUCGACCAGUACCAUUAGAAAUCCACUUACAAGGAUUCAACGUUAAACAUUUUUGCCCCCGUAUGGCAGCUAUGAACAAACCGUGUUAUCAAGCUAUAUGUCAAUACGCAAACGACAGUUCCGCUUUAAUUUUCGUCGCCUCCCGUAAACAAACCAGGAUAACAGGUUACGAAUUGAUGAAACUUUUGUUAUCCGAAGGUAACCAACAGAAAUGGUUAAGGUGUCACCCGGAUGAAAUAGAGGAAGCCAAAUACAGGUUGGUGGAUCAAGAUUUGGCCCAAUUGUUAUCUUUCGGCAUAGGUAUACACCAUGCGGCUUUAACGGAUAACGACAGAAAUAUUGUUGAACAUUUUUACGUGAAUAGGAAGAUUCAAGUGCUGGUAGCUACUGCUACUUUAGCUUGGGGUGUUAAUUUUCCAGCUAGAUUGGUUAUUGUUAAAGGUACUGAAUAUUUUGAUGGUGCUACUAAACGUUACGUUGACAUGCCCAUUACGGAUGUUAUACAGAUGGUAGGAAGAGCAGGUCGACCUCAAUUCGAUACUAUGGGUAUAGCGUGCGUGAUGGUACAGGAAAACAAAAAGAAUUUCUAUAGGAAAUUUCUGUUCGAACCGUUUCCCGUCGAAUCGAACCUACUCGAAUUUUUACCGGAUCACGUGAACGCCGAAAUAUACAACGGUAACAUAACGAACAAAGCCCAGCUCAUAGAAUUCAUACAAUCGACAUUUUUUUAUAGAAGAUUAUUAGCUAAUCCAUCGUAUUAUCAAAUGGAUAAUAAUCAAACUCACGAUCAAUUUAUCGAUGAAUUGGCGACAUCUGUCGUUGGGACGUUACAACAACACGAAUGUAUAGUACAAGAAGAAGGGGAAAUGAGGUUAUUUUACGAAUCUACUAUUUUGGGUGUACUGGCUGCGCAGUAUUAUCUCUCGUAUAAAACUAUUUAUUUUUUGAGCGAAAAUAUGUCGGAGAAUAGUUCCAUAGAGGAAAUGUUGGAAUUAAUUUGUCAAGUAGAAGAAUACAAAUUGAUACCUGUUAGACAUAACGAAGAUAAUAUUAACAGAGAUUUAGUUCGUAAUAUACAAUUGCGGACUAGUUUCGGUUACGAUUCUCCGGCUUUGAAAGUUUUACUUAUGAUCAAAUAUUAUUUACUCGAUUUAAAUCUACCGAAUCAAGAAUAUGUUUUGGAUUUAAAAAACGUCCUCGAUCAAAUCAUCAGAAUAAUACACGCGAUGAUGAAUUUGGCGGCGAACAGAAAUUGGUUAAACUGCACCGAAAAAUUGAUAUAUUUUUGCCAAAUGUUAAUCCAAGGUUACACCAUCGACGCCCCCAACGUCCUUCUGCUACCCUACAUGAAUCGCGACAAUUUCCACGAAUUAAAAACAAAAUUGAAUGCGGAAAAUUUAACGAUACCCGGUUUACGUUGUUCGAUGUCGAACGACGAAAAUUUCAAUUUUCGAUUAAACGAUGUUUUAUCGGGUAUGUUCGGACGCGAUUCGGCUACCGAAAUGAUGAAAAUAUUGAAGGAUAUGCCUUUAUUGACGGUGAGGACGCGUAUUCGUAAUAUCACCGAUGGGGUGGAUAUCGAGUGCGAUUUGGAGGGUGGCUGUUAUAAAGUCGGGGUCGGGGCGAAGCGUCAGUGUAUAUUCGAGUUGAAUAUAAGCAGGAAGGGCUCGAGUAAGAUGAACGUUUAUAGUAAAAAAUUGAAUAAACAGAAGGAGGAAUUUUGGUUUUUGAUAUUCGUCGACGGUGGGAAUGAAUUGACGUUUAGGAAGUUUUCGUUUACCAAGAAUUUCAAGAAAAUUUCUAUACCGGUACAGGUACCGGAACGGAGGGGAAUUUACAACUACUCGGUGAUGAUAAUGAGCGAUUGUUACAUCGGCUUGGAUCAAAUAAUAAAUUACAAAGUUAAAGUUGAAAACAAUUAGUGAUAUCAUAAAUUAUAAGAGAUUUUAUUCAAAUAAUUUAUUAUUCUUUGUAGUUACUUUAUACAUCAAAAUAAAUAUAUAUAUUUAAUCAAUAUAGUUUUUAUCAUUUAAAAACCCUUCAA